AGUCAAAACUCAGGGAUCGAUUAUCGGGCCACUUGAUUGCUAAAUCAUUCGUUAUCUCUAGGCAGAGGUAAAGCAGAUACAAUGGCGGACACUGGCAACCCCAAACCCGCUCGCACUCGAACGCGGAAGAAGAAAUCAGCAAGGAAGGUAGUUGCUCCCGUUAAACCGACGAUUGUUCACACCAAGAGAAAGAAAAUCGAGGGAGAAGAUGGCUGGAUACAUAUUGUCGACAAACCGAGAACAAACCAACAAGAUGCUAAAGCCAAAAAGCAGCCCCUGCAAGGAGGCGAUUUCGAGCUCAAAGGCGUGAGUUACGUCAACCGUACGCUUGUAGAGAUGAAGGAGGAGUUUGAGCACUGGAAGAGAUCGUGGGAAGAGCGACCAACCUGCCAGGCACUGAAGGAGAAGAUGAAAGAUGUAGAGAAAGGAAGGCGGAUUGUGAAUGUGGUGGUUCUUGGUUUGGGGAGUUUACAAAGCGCAAGGAGGGAAGGGAGAAGGUCCAGUGCAACACAAUUGGCUGCUCUGCAAACAAUUGUUGAUGGACUUGAAAACGGUACCGAGAGGCAAAUAAUAUUCCAGGAUCCGCAAUUUACGAGGUUGGACAAAGAGUUACUCACGACUCUUGGCUACAAGAUAUUGGAGGAUCCUGAAGCUUUCGCAGAGGUUGUAGAAGGAAGUUUGGUCUAUGCUAUUCAUUGCUACGCACCAGUCUACAAGGCUGUUGCGCAGAGGCCGAGACCUGCUGUAUUGAUCGGGACGAAUGUUGGAAACUUUGUUAGAUUCGAUGCGUCAGAGGAUACCACUGCCAAGGAACUGGAAAAGAUGGUUGAAGGGUAUGAGGUGGUUGAAUUCCCUCAGCUGCGCCAUGACUUCUCGGAUACAAAGAUAUAUUUGCGACCUGCUGCCACAAUACAGAAUGCCGAAGUAGUACCUGGUCAACAAGAUACUACCGAAGCAAAGACCGAAGCGGAGCCAAUAAUAACAGAGACUGUACAAAUAGAGAAUACUCAAGUGGAAGCCACGCAAGGAGAGACCAUUCAAGCGGAUACCAUUACAGAAAAGCCCAUUGAGUCUAAAUCAACAAAUGCAGCACAAACGGAGACCAUUCCAGCAGAGACUACACAGAAAAAGACCACUCAGACGGAAACCACUCCAGCAGGGGCUACACAAGAAGAGACCCCCACCGCUGAAGUCAAUACAGCAGAAACCCAGUCCACACCAUCAAGCACAGCAACAGUCUGAACACACCGUUCUAGUUGAUGCUAGAAGACUUCACCACAGUCCCAAAAGCAUCCGCCAACUCUGCCAACGCAACCCUCACCAGCUCCUCCGCCUGCACCCCAGGGAUAUUCCUAUCCCCCACCGCAUCCUCCGCAACAAGAACAUCAUACCCCCUCUCAGCAGCCUGUCUCGCCGUAGUACUCACACAAACAUGCGCCAUAUACCCCGUCAACACCAACUUGUUCUUCCCGGUACUCUUUAAGUACUCCUCAAGAUCCGUGCCAGUGAAUGACCCAGGCUGCUGCUUGCUGAUAACCUUCUCGCCGCCCUUGGGCUCAAGCUCAGCGAAUUCUUGGGCGAGAUCCGUGUCGGGUGUGAAGACUGGGGCGCCGGCGGGGGUGUGGUGGACGAUGUGUACGAGGGGUGCGUUGGCGGCACGGUACUUAUCGAGGAGUGCGGAGAUGGCUUUGCGUGUUGAGGCGACGUUUUCGGUUUUGAGGUGGCCGGUUUCGUAUCUGUGAGUAUUGUGAGAUGGGUUGAGUUGAGAUGGCGGGGUAAGUUGACUUACUCAUUCUGCGCGUCGAUAAUGACGAGCACACUAUCCUUCGUGGAAGCCGUAGACGGGCCAACACCAAUCAAUUCUCUAAAAGCCUUUGCCAUUAUGUCUGUCUGUCUUUCUGUAUUAAACCAACGAAAUCACAUCUAUUUGCAAAAGUGAAAAGUUCGAGAUGAAAAUUGAAGGUUGUAGUUGUAAGAAACAAAUUGGUAUCCUGCGUGAUGUCGUAGGUACUUGGCUCUUUC